UCAUUUAAUAUUGUCAAGUGUUGUUACGUAUAUUCUGUUAAUUUUUCUGUAAAAGAUUAAUACAGAAAGAAACAAGAUAAAUAUGGAUGAUCAGGAUCCAACAAGUGUCAUUAAUAUGAUAAAAGAUCUACGUUCUGGAACGGAGUCUUAUCGUAAAAGUAUUGGAGCAUCGCUACGAUUUUCAGGAGCUAGUUAUAUACGUACGAAAUUCAAUGAAAGUGAUGAUAGUGUUAUUUCACCAAAACGGCAAAAACUAAAUGAAUCAGAUACAUCUAUAAUUAAUCAAACUCAAUCCGAUUCUGCUCCAGGUAGUCCUUGGGAAUGGCGACGUAUGAAAGGAGAGGUUAUAUCAUUAAAGACCAGAUUGACUCAUCAAGAGGCAACUGUACAACAAUUACACAAUGUACGCAGGCAAAUGGAAGAAAUUUUUGAAAAGGAAAAAGGUCUCCUACAAGUCCAAGUGGAACAGGAUGCACAAACUAUUCAACAGUUAGAAGUCCGACUUGAUGUUGCACGACGAACAAUCCAAGAUGCAAGAGAAGCACAAGCUAUUGCAGAAAAAGAAUGGUCCCAGAUAAGAAAUAAUUUGGAAAAAAAAAUAGCAUCAUUAUUAACUGAAAAUGCACAAUUAUCGGAGAAUCUGAAAAAUGCUUCCACAAAAGAAAGCUCUUCCCCUCUUCAAGACACUAGUGAAUCAAAUGAAUUGCAAUUAAAGUUGGAAACUAUGGAAGCUAAAGCAACAAUGUUGGAGGGAAGGAUGAAAGACUAUCUCAAGGUACAACAGGACUAUGAAUUGCAGAAUGUGGAGUUGCAGAAUAUGAAAAUUAAAUUAGAAAAACUCGAGUCAGAAAGAGCAUUAUGGGAAGAGGGCAAAAUGUUAGUAGGGAGAGCUGCAAGAGCGAACGAUCUCGAGAAAGAGUUGAAUGUAGCAAAAAAGACUAUUGCAGUAUUAAAAGAGUCAGUGAGAGAGAAAUUACUCUUAGAAGAGCAAAUGGCUAAUAUGACGAAAAGGCUAGAGCACACUGAAAAAGUAGAGCAACAAGUAGCGGUAUUAGAAGCAAAGCGAUCUGAACUUGCACUUCGCUUGCAAGAAUACGAAACGAUUGGUAUUAUUGGAGGACCAACGGCGGUGAAGCGAGAGUUGAACCGACUUCAACAAGCUGAAGUGGACUUGAGAGCAGAAGAAGGUCAGCUCAGAUCAAGAUUAGAUGCAGUUCUGCGAGAGUCGCAGAACUUGUCAAAAAAUUAUGAAAAUGCGAAGAAGUUAGCUACUGAUGUGACAUCAUCAAAGGAGAAACUAAAUAAGCUCGUAAGCAGAUUGCAGAAGAAGAUGAUUCUUGUUACCAGAGAAAGAGACAGUUAUAGACAACAAUUAGAUUUGUAUGAGAAAGAGAUGACAGUGGAUGGCAACAACGCGAUGACCGAGAGAAUACCAGCUCUAGAACGUGCUAUAGAUGGAUACAGAGAUUUAGUUAAUAAAUUGGAAGCAGAUCUUCAAGCGGUCGAGACUGGCACAAAAAAGAACGAGUGUAAUAAAUUGAGAGAAGAGAUCGAACAAUUGAAAGGCGAACUCGAGCAUCGCGCAUUAAAGGGCGAUUUCAAUUGCAACGCUCGAGUUCUACAUUUCACAAUGAAUCCUUCAGCUAUAGCAGAGAAACAAGCUGAAGAAAAACAAGCAGCUCUAUUACGAGAAGUAGAAGAACUUCGAGCCAAAGUGGGAUCAGGAAAUUAUGGCGCGACUACAUCAUCAUUGCAGAUACAAGAAAUUGCAGAAUUAAAACAAACACAUGAAAUAAAGAUAGCACGCUUAAAGGAAGCUUUUAAAGCAUCAUCACAGGAAUAUCGUCAAGCGUGUUAUCAGCUAUUUGGUUGGAGAGUAGAUCGAACAAAAGAAGGUUAUUAUAAACUAUCGAGUCAAUACGCAGAAUCACCAGAUGAUUUUCUUUUCUUCCACGUAGGAGAAGAAGGUGUAGAUAUGUUAGAGACUGUUUUCUCCACAAACUUAAGCAGUCUAAUCGAGCAAUAUUUGCAGAGGCAACACAGUGUUCCUAUGUUUCUUAAUGCUGUACAAUCUGAUCUUUUUAGUCAGCAAACUGUAACAAAUGUCGUGACGUAAGACUGUAUUAUGUUUUUAAUGAAACCAAUAUUUUUAUUUAUAAGCUUCAUCAGGAUUCAAUAUAUUAUAAUUGAAUGAUUACAUUUAUUCA